UUUAUUCAGUCAGUGGAGUCCCACGAAUCAUUUUCAGAUGACCAAGCCAACUGACAGAUUUCAACUUAAUCGUCAUGGUUUAGUGAAAAGCGUACCAUCGCGACUGUAGGUGGCGGUCACGUUGUGGACACCUGUUGAGCUGAUAGCAAAGCCGCUCUAUUGGAAACAGGAAGUAAGUAAGUGUCAUUGCAUUAUAGAGAUUAGAGCCAAAUAGCUGAGCCGUAUAAGAAGUUAUAAGAUUUUACCACGUUUUCGGUGUGUGCUUGUAUUUCCGAUAUUUUUUUGAGUUUUUUUAAUGUACUGAUUUUGACUAUAUAUAUGAACCAAAACACUUUUGGAUUUUAAUUCGUUUGAUUUUAGAUUUUUUUUUUUAGGUGAGCCCUGUUUUCUGCAUUGUUUGGCACGAGGGAGCUGUCCUUCAGCACCACGAAGUUUGCCCUGACCAUCGGAGAGCAGCUGGAGUUAAUUGCUUGCUAAUGUCGCUUGUAACUGCAUUAUUUUGAAUUCAAUUCCCACAGACGGUCAAUACUAAAACGUUGAAAAUAUGCAAUCUCUACUGUUUCAGCACUAAUGGGAAUGCCUCCACAAGACGGUCAUGGUCCUAACCCUAACUCCUGGACCUUCUCGGAGCUACUAGGCCAAAGGAGGCUAGUGGUAUUCGGGGUGCUCCUUACAUGGAUAGUCCUUUUCCACCUCCUAGUGAAUGUGUGGCUCCUCUGCCUCUUCACCAGCCUACUGGUGGUGCUGGGUGGCUGGCUCGGGUCCCGUGCCGCCCUGGAUGCCAACAGCCUGCUGCACCUGGAGCACUUCGUACCCUUGGGUCAACCCCAGUCUUCUCUCCCUUCCCCAGAGAGUGAGAGGAGGCUGGACUAUGAGAUCCACAGCGCAGUGCAGAAAGCUGUCCGAGACUUUGUGUCAUCAUGGUACCGCGACAUGCUGUCCGAGGAGGAAGAGAGGGAGGGGCCGGGGGAGUUUGAGCACAUCAUGCAGGAUGCCAUGUUGGAUUCUGUGAUGGAGCUCAAGGAGAGGGCUCGGUGUGUGGACAGGAGAGCGCUGGUCCAGAGAGCCCUGGAGUUGUGCGGCUGCCACCUGCAGAGCUACAUGACGGCCAGGGAGAUGAUGAAGCAGACGGAGGCAUGGCCGGGGCUGCAGUGCAGUGACAGCUCCGGCGGACCCAGUCUGUGGGGUCUGUACAGCCAAUCGGACACCCCCCACCCAGCCCUAGCAAGUCCAGCCACAGAGCUCAGCUACACCCGAGCUGUAGUGGACCUCCUGAUGCAAGUCCUGGUCCCUUUCCCUCACCUGGAGACCAGAACUGGGAGAUACAUGGUAGGGGAGCUGAUCUCCUGUAAUGUCCUUCUCCCACUAGUCAGUCGUGUGUCCGACCCAGAUUGGCUCAACCUCACCAUUGUGGACCUGUUCACCAAAUCCAAAGAGCCACCAGAUGAGACCCUGGACGAGCAACCGGAACAUUUAGCUCAGCUGCCUAGGAGUCAGACCCAGCAAGAGCUCUGGACCUGUUCUUCUUCCCAGCCUCAGAAUCAGAGAGAUCUGUCUGGCAACAGCCCUGGUCCUCCUGAUCCGGCUGCUCCAGCCUCACCAGAUUCCACAGAGUCUUGCCAUACAGCAUUGCCAGAUCUGAAGGAGGAAAUGCGGCCAAUCCUGCCGAUACCCUGCAUUCGUCCGUCAGUUCGGGUAAACAGUUUUCCUGUGUCUAUGGAUCUGCUGAGGUCCUGCAGUGGUGGCAGCCGCCUGUAUCAGGGUGCAGACUCUGACCUGGAAUCCCUGUCGUCAGAAUCCAAUCAGCUCUCAGUGGAGUCCCUGGACCAGCUAGAUUCUGAGGAGGAACAGACAGACAGCUUCUGUGACUGUGCCUCUCCGACUAACUUCUGCAGUGUGUUUGAAGAUGAGCCGUCUGGUUGCUUUGGUAACCUGAAGAUCCUGGGACCCAAGGGGCAGGUGUCUGAGCAGCCUCACUGGCCUGUGGGCAUGGAGGAGGAGCUGCACCCCCGCCGGCCUGCCCCUCCAGGGGGGCUGUGCCUGACCACCUUCAGCUUCGAACCCCUCGUCAGCCCUGACGGGCCUGUCCUAAUCCAGAACCUGAGAAUUACUGGGGCUGUCACAGCAAAAGAGCACCGCAGCACCGGCUCACAGCCCUAUACUUUAUACACAGUAAAGUAUGAGACUGUGGUUGAAUCAGAAACCCAGGGCAUUCUGCAGCCUGUAGCCUACCACACGGUGAAUAGGCGCUACAGCGAGUUCCUUCGCCUGCAGACACGCCUGGAGGAGAAGCCUGACCUCAAGAAGAUAAUUAAAAAUGUUAAGGGACCCAAGAAGACUUUCCCUGAUCUUCCAUUUGGAAACCUCGAUAUUGACAAGGUGGAAGUUCGAAAAGGACAGCUGGAUGCCUUUCUUAAACAACUGUGCAUGAUUCCUGAAACGGUCAACAGCAAUGAGUUGCAGGAGUUUUUGGCACUCAACACAGAUGCUGGCACAGCCUUCGAAAAGAAACCAUUUGUUAAGUCAAGGAUUGAUAAGAUAAUGGCAAAUGCUGUAGGCACUCUGAAAACGGCGUUCCCUCGCACUGAGGAUGACCUUGAUGGUGAACCUGCUGAUGGGAGGAAUGCCCCAGAAGGAAGGAAGAGGUCUGUCCGGGCGAGGUUCUCCAGCAAAGUUGCCCCUACACUGAACAUUCCUGAAAUCCAGCCAAAAGUCAUAUAUUGCUUUAAAGAAGGGUGCACUGUGUUCCAGGGCCUGUCUCUGUCUGGUCUUGAGGACUUUAUAAAGGAUCAGGAGGCAUUGCUCUAUGCUCCCCAGGAAAGAGAAGCUGACAGGAGGAGGUUUAGUGUUUUGCCUGGAAAAGACCGAAAGGAAGUUGGGUGUCGGAAUAGAAAACCAAGAGGGGCAGACACGGCAGUGGCAGACGUGGCUCUAAACAUCCUGUGUCUGUUGAUGAAGGACCAGUGGAGCUGGCUGUGUACCGAGAACAUCCAGAAGGCCAUCAGACUGCUGUUCGGCACCAUCAUUGAGAGGUGGCUGGAUGUGUGUGUGGCCCAUCUGGCCAGUGCCCCCUGCUGGAUAAUUUACCUCCAGGUGAUGCAGGAGGCGGUGUGGCCUGGAGGAGUCCUCCCUGAUGGGCCACGCCCUGACCGCAGCCCUGCCCAGAGGGAAGAAACUAGGCAGCAGUGUCUGUACUGUUUAACUCAACUUCUACCAGACCUGAUUGCUGACAUGCUGGGUUCUGAGAAGUACAGGUUGAGCUGGGAAAUGGCGCUGGAGUCUCUACAGGACCCUAACAUAAACCGAUGUCUAAUAAAGAAGCCACAAGCACACUUCUCAUUCAUGGAGCUCAGAUGUGUGUGAUUAUAGGAGUUGACUGGCUGGUGUUCACGUCAUAAAAUCAACGAAUUGUCCAAGGUUACAACACGGUCGCUUCUCUUGCUGACCACCUGCCAACCUUCAGACCCAUAGGCCACUGCACUGUAUAAGACAUGUCCUCUUCCAUAUCCCCACCCUGACAGUUCUUUGUGCACUAUAUGUGGUGCACACGUUCCUGGCAUACCUAUGGUAAUCCCCAUGUCUGUGUUAUAGGACUGACGACAUACACGGACGUACACUUAAUUAAAUCACUGCAGGAACGACAUCUGAGGUGAAAUGGUGGCCUCUUGUUGUUACGUAUUCACCUGGACAGGUCCAGAAGACAAAUAGCCAGGAGGAAUAUAACCACCGCAUUCUAAACAACUUAUUUCCUUCUGCAUAGGUCUUUUGUCAAAAGUACAGCUUAAUAAGAAGCCAUUUGGGAUUCUCUGGAAUCAAGACAUAUGAGAAACAUCUUGAGUUGGUUACAACUUAGAUUACAGACAAUUGGAGGAAGGUUAUAAAGGCAUUUGGUUUGAGUGAGAAAAGUAACAGCGUGUGUUUGCCAGAAUUCAGAGUUUUGUUACUGAUCUGUUGCCUUGAGCACCGAAUGUCUCCUGGCCGCUCUUCACUUCUGCAAUCGCUUUGAUCACACUAUACCACUUAUGUAAAACUGGUUUACAGUAAUGUAGCUUGCUGACGUAAAACUGCCGCUGCAAUGUUAUUCAGUCCUGCCUUUGAUUACAUCACUUUGGAAGUACUGUUGUGAAACUGUAUUGUACUUUUUCAAAACCGGGUUAAUAAGGUUAAAUAAGGAUUCCUCAAUAAACUUAAAUAUAUUCUGGAAAUGUCCUAAAUAAAUUAAAAUUAAAUUAUUUAUUUAAUUGAUUUGAAUACUCCAGGUGAAGUUUUGAAGCACAAGCUUUGACAGCAUAUCAAUCUCACAGACACACACACACACACCCGAAAUUAUAUACAGUAUCUGUUAGAAAACGUGUGGUUCUUAACAGUCCUCGGUUUUAUCCUCAGCUGCACUAGGAGUGUAUUUUUUGUUUCCACACCGCCUGGCUCACGGUAGAGAGGCUUUGGAGCCUUACUUGUAUGAAGCUUAAGCUGUCUGUCAAACCGGCAGGCCUGGGCCAGCCAUGAGAAAAUAAAGUGUAAUGAAAUUAAGAUUUAUCGUUAUUUUCAUUCUUUGAUGCAAGGUCUUCGAAUGUCUUGGACUUUAAUCAUGUCCAUCUGUCUUCGGUCGCUUGUUAGCUUAAUGUACACGCACAAUCCAUG